AUCUUAUGGUAGCACACGAGCACGUGCAGGUCAUCUCGUCGGUCAUCUCGUGCGCACAAUAGAUUGUGACAUUGGGAGUAGGCGUCAACUUCUAGCCGCUAUCAUGCAUCAGGUUCGUGAGCUUCUUGCUGCAGGGCAUACACGACAAAGCGUGCAUAGAGCAGUGUACUCCAUUCACAGCAGGAUGCCGUUCGCGCGCCUCGACCAGUUGAUCCGGCCAGACACCCAAAGUGAAGACUUGAUCAGAUUCCCUGCGAUUGCUUUUAUCCAUAGGAUUAUGUCGGAAAGUGGGUUGGCGCCGUACGUGUAGCUAUGUGUGAGUACGUGGUGGUGUUCUUCAAUGUUGUGGUAUCCUUGGUACGUUUCACAAAUUAUAUAUACAUGUGUGGGUUGUGCAUGCGUGGUGUCUGUCUGUUGUCAACCAGUCCAUAGUGAAGACUUCUCGGUGGCAGCCGCCCUGGUGGGAAUUCUGACGGCGACUGUUUCCUGACAGCCCGAGGCUCGCGGCACUGUCUGGGUUCCAGCUCUGCGCAUGACGUUUUUCACCGAUAAUAAUCGGCACCAACGGCGUGUACAUUGGUCUGUGUAUUGGGUUAUUGUCAUGUUCUUCCACUCGCUGUUCCUCCUCUUCCCCUCGUUCUUCCUUGUCUGCCUGUUCACUUUCUUCUGCUUGCCCACAUUGAUCUAUCUCUUCUUUGCAGUAUGCGCGGCACGUUGUGUAUUUGAGGGUGACAUUGGGCUCGUGAAUCAGAGGUGCAUCUCGGACUUCUUACUUGCAGGGAUUCUUUCUGAAUAGUCAUGUCCGCCGACGCGCUUGCCGGUCUGUCCAUGCUCGGCCGUCUGAUGGGCAACAACAGCCAGCAGCCCGCGCGCCUUGGUGGCCCGCCCACCGGCAUGCGCACGGGAAAGUGCUGGGAGGAGCAGCGCUUCGGUGUAUGCCAGAAAUCCAGUUGCCGCUUCAUCCACAAGAACUCCGUGUCCAGCUCAGGCCAGGCCGGUCAGGCUGUUCUGACAGGGCCGUCGCAAGCCAAGCCGGAUGCAACUGACGCGCGCGUGCACGACUUCCUCGGCUUAUCCUCUCGCACAGACCCGGCCACGAAACAGAACAUGGCUGAGUUGAAGAUUGUCGUGCAGCGCGAGGUCAUCGAGAAACUGUGCUCGACGGAGAACGGUUCCCUGCAGUACCGGUGCCUUCCUGUGGCGGGAGGGGUGCACGAGUCCGUGGAGUCCUUGCUGAAGCUGCUGGACCCCCAGUCCCUGCGCGGAGGCACGCCUGUGGGGCCAGAGGUCGUGAAGAACAAGGUGGCGGAUAUCGUCCGGCACUUGCAGAGCGAGGGGUGGGCGCCUCCACAGCAGGCCGUCGACCCGCAGUCCGCGUACAUGUCGUCGCUGCAGAGCACCAUGCAGGAGCUCACCAUGGCCGUGAAGAGUCUGAAGAAUGAGUCGCCGCUGGCGAUGCCGGUGCUUCCCUCGCCUGCCCGUGCAGCCUCUGGGCUGGGAGCCGGGUCCAAGCGCUCGGCAGGCGCCCGUGCCGGUGGCGACAUGGGCGUCUUCUUUCGCCAGGCGUCUCUCGCGGCGCUGGGGGAGGACACCGAGGCUCUGAACGUCUUCAGCGACUCGCCGGCGCGCAAGCAGAUGUGUGCCGGCCUGGCUGCGCAGGAGGGCGCGGGCGGAGUGGUCGCGAUCGAUGACAGCGAGGACGCCGACCUCCUGCCGCUGUCCCCCGCGAGGGCGCUCGUGGAGAAGUGCAGGGAGGCGGCGGUGGCACACCCGCCGGCCAAGACCAAAAACAUCCCGUAUGCGGACAACACCCCGCUGCCGGAGAUGCUCCGGCAGAUGGCCGGGCCAAUGCCCGCCGGGGCAGCCGGCGUCGACCCUGGUGACGUGGUGGUAUUCUUGGACACGCAGAGCCAGCCGGUCACGGAGAAGGCGCUGGAGGUGCUCCCGUACGUUGUCCGCACGCUGUCAGGCGCCCAAAGGCCGUGCACCCGCUUGUCCCAGCUCCUGCAGACGUACGGGGUAACCUACGCGAGCGAGCGGAAGCAGCACCUGGCAGUGAGCCUGCUCGCUGUCCUGUCCGCGAGGCGCCUGUUGUCCCUGCCAUGCACUCCAUGAUGGCUGUCAAAGAAUGCUGCCGCCAGGCCGCCGGACAUGCCUAUGUGAAGUGGCACCGAGCGAUAAUUAUCGUGCAAUCAUGAAGCUAUAUGUGACGACGUGAUUCGAUUCUGCAGUGAUUCACUUGGCGUUCCCAACUGAGCUGUCGUAGGGCAAGCCGCGAUGCCGGCGGGAAUGCUCAUUCUCAUCUUGCACGCUUUUUCAUACACACCGUUCUGUGCAUUGCGCUCUCAUCCUUUGUUUCCCCUCCUGCUCGCUCUCCCUCUCUCGUCUCUCGCUCUUGCCGCCGUCCACCAUCCCUUUCCUGUUCAUUCUAUGUGUCUGUCCCGGGCCAGCAUGCACGCCGUUCGCAGGAUUUCGGCUCGCAGGUGUCGUGAAGAGAGCCACUGAAAGAGAAGCGAACGCGAUGUUCCUCUC